AUGCAUCUUCAACUAGUCUCUACCAUCGUGGCACUCGCCCAACUCGCCAGUUGCGCGCCAUUCUUGGAAGGAAGAGACACAUGCACUACAAAUGACCUGAACUUCCCUUCUGGUGGCAUGCAUGGCUAUAAUGGCAUCUACUGGGGCUUCUUGCCCGACGAUGUCGCCGGCACCACAAUGAGCCAUAUCAACGGAGAUUCUGGCAAAAAAGCAAGCACUUACGGACGCUACUCUCAAAUCAGUUCUGUGCCAUACACAGGCGAUCAGCUGACCAGCGUCAUGUCCGAUGUCGUUGCGUCGGGCGCAGUCUUCAUCCCAGCCAUUAUGCCAACCGGACUCAAAUUUGCAGACAUCUCGACAGACGUCGCGAAUCAGAUUGCCAGCGUAUUGGAAAAAUUCACAUCGCAAGGUGUAGAAGUGUGGCUUCGCUUUGCACACGAGGUGAAUUACUAUGUCACUCAAGCCAGCGGGCCUACAUAUCCUGGAGGCACGCAAGCGGAGUUCAUCGCAGCCUGGCAAAGAGUCCACGCCGCCGUCGCCAGCAACCCCAAAAUCCUCAUGUUCUGGUCCCCAAACGAAGACUCGGUCGCCAACCUCAACGGCUGGUGGCCCGGUGCCGACUACGUCGACAUCGUCGGCAUGGACGUCUACCCCAACCCCGGCGCCACUUUCGCCAGCGCUUACGGCGCCUUCUACGACGGCUUCGCCCAGCAAUACAACAAGCACUUCUGCAUCGGCGAAACCGGCGCCGCCAACGGCGGGUCCGUCGCGGACAAGGAAGCCUGGGUCGCGCGGCUGGCGAAGGGCGACGUUUCGGCUUAUCCGUGCUAUAAGUCUGCGACGUGGUUUGAGUUUUACAAGGGGGUGGAUUUCCGCAUCGUUGAGGGCCAGUCUGCGACGACGGUUACGGAGACGUUGUCGAAUUUCGCUUGA